AUAUAUAGCUAGCACUUUGAAUUUCUAACUAAAAAUAAUGAUUUGUUUGUAAAACUACUUCUCAGCGUUCUAUAUUCGUCGCAUUUUUUUUCCAGAAAUUUAAUUUAGUUAAGUCAUUUUGUUAAUUCAGUUAUUUCACUGUUUUCUGUUAAUCUGAUAUAUCAGUCAAACCAAGAAUAAAGUCAAAACCUCAAACCUAAGGAUGAAACCAUAUUUUCCAAAAAUUGUUUGCUUUCUCAACGUCACAUUUCUUCCAACUAUGCAGACGACGAAAUAACACGCAUUUUCAAACUAAUUGGCAAGGAAAAAAGAGAGACAUGGAAUUGCAACUGCUGUAGGUCCUACUGUUUAGCAACGGUACAUAUCAGGCAACUAAAUCGGACUCAUCACACUUUCCUGGACUCUCUUGUCUCUUUGAAAUUUCCUACCGACCCAUUUUCUUUAUUUAAUUUAUAUGUAUUGUUUGUUUGUUUAUAAUAAGAAAUAUGAGGCACAUGCAUACCGAAGCUUUUUUUGACCGUCAUACGCGCCGGAAUCUAAGAAAAGAAAAUAAAAAUGAGCCCAUCCAUAUAUAUAGACGCCAAACGUAGAGAGGAAACCUCAUCAAACCAUAGCUUUUCAUUUCUACCCCCAAGAAAAGAGCAGCGAACUGAGUUUGAUCAAUCUCUGAUUUUCUGAAACAAAAAAGAAUAAUAAUAAUGGGUCUAUUGAGUGGUGUUAACAAUGAUGAGUACGUAAGGCUAUUAGGAGCAUGGCCUAGCCCUUUCGUGCUGAGGACUCGGAUCGCACUUAACCUAAAGCGUGUACCGUACGAGUAUCUCGAAGAAGAAGAUACUUUGAAUUCGGAGAGCGUGUUAAACUACAACCCCGUCCAUAAACAGAUCCCCAUCCUCAUCCAUGGAAACAAACCAAUCCGUGAAUCACUCAACAUCGUCAUGUACGUCGAUGAAACUUGGCUCUCCGGCCCUCCGAUACUUCCUUCUGAUCCCUUUGAUCGUGCCGUUGCUCGUUUUUGGGACGUCUACAUUGACGAACACUGUUUCACAUCAAUCAAUGGAGUGGCGGUAGCAAAGGACGAGGAGGAAAGAAAGAUGGCAAUAGCGAAGCUAGAGCAGUGUAUGGCUCUUUUGGAAGAAACGUUUCAAGAAUGCAGCAAAGGAAGAGGCUUCUUUGGUGGAGACAACAUAGGAUUCAUCGAUAUCGGUUUCGGGUCGAUGUUGGGUCCUCUUAAGGUUCUUGAGAAAUUUUCAGGCGUCAAGUUCAUACAUCCAGAGAACACGCCAGGUCUUUUCAAUUGGGCAGACAGAUUCUACGCCCAUGAAGCAGUCAAGCCUGUCAUGCCCGAUAUCGAAAAACUGGUCGAGUUCGCUAGGCUUAAGUUCAAUACUUCAAUCUUUAAAUAAAAACCAAAGGCUAUAAAAUUAAUUAUUUUGACGGACAUAUUAUCAUAUGCUUCGAAUAAUCUAAAUCGGGGAAUAAGAUGUAGACUCGGUUAAUUUAAAGGCAUAGUCAAAAUGUUCUUUUGUUUUUUUCUUUCUUCCUUUUUUUUGGUAAUUUUUUUCUUUAUUUUCUCUUAUAUAUGUAUGCAGAAAUAAUCGAUUGUGGCACGCAAGAAAGUGUAUGUUCUUGGAUUUCUUUAUGCUGUAAAUUAAUCAAUAAUCUAUAAAACUUUAUUUUCCCCU